CGUUGGUGAGAGAAGGAAGCGUGGUAGGGCUGUUUGUGUCGGAACCGCGCGGUAAUCGCACGCGCAAUCGAUUUGAAAUUCGAACGGUUGUUUUUUUUUUAUUAUUUAUGAAAGCACUUUGGAUACAUAGUCGAGCAACGAAAGCGAGUGGAGUGCAUUCGGCAGUUGUUAGUGUGGUGUGAAUUGUUGGUUCUGUGCUAAAAAGUUAAGUGUUGCCAGUUACUACGAAAUUGAUUUUAAAAUGCUAGGUUCUCGGUGGCCUAUACUAUGUCUACCGAUUCUGCUAGCGGCGUCAGCAUGCGGCAGCGACAUCCUGAUGAUUACCAUGGGCGGCACCAAGUCACACAAAAUACCUUUUUUGGAACUAGCUAGAGGUCUUAUAAGAAGAGACCACAACAUCACUCUUAUCAGCCCGUUUCAACCAGAUUUCCAUCUCGAGGGCUUGGAGGAAAUUACCCCAGAGGGUUUGGCUGCCUUCGUACGCGGCUAUAUGACCUUCGAUCUGGUUGGGGCCAGAAUGAAGGGAGAGGAACCUUUGCCUUACAUGGACAUAAUUAGAUACGGAUAUGAGGCAUGCGAUGCGUUUCUCAAUGACAUCGAGACAAGAUCCUUUUUGAGAUCAGGAAGGAACUAUGAUUUGAUAAUACUGGAUGGAGCGUACCCUGAAUGCGCAUUAGGUCUGGUCUAUCGCAUGAAAGUGCCAUUCAUGUACAUUAACACAGUAGCCUUUUACGCUUCACCGACUAGCAUCUCCGGUAGUCCAGCGCCCUUCUCCGUGACUCCCUUCUUCGCGAGAUCCUUUACAGAUAAUAUGAGCUUCUUGGACCGUUCUGUCAACGCCUUCUGGCAUCUGGGUUCUUUGUUGGGACAUAGUAUAAGUGUGACGAUACUGCAAACGGUGCUUCGAAGACACUUUGGUGCCCAAAUGCCGCACGUAUAUGACAUGGCUAAGAAUGUCAGUUUCAUCCUUCAGAAUGGACACUAUUCGGUAACAUAUUCGAGACCUUUCCUUCCGAACGUUGCUGAGAUCGCGUGCAUUCAUUGUAAGGAAUCCAAAACAUUAAACGCUGAUUUAGAAGAAUGGAUUUCGGGUGCAGGAGAAGCUGGCUUUGUGUACGUUUCCAUGGGUUCUUCAGUGAGGACAAACAAAAUGCCACUCGCAGCACAUCGCUUGUUUAUUGAUGCGUUGAAAAGACUUCCACAGAGAGUGCUUUGGAAGCAAGAUGGGGAUCAAAAUAUGACUGACAUUCCUUCAAAUAUCAGACUUUAUAAAUGGCUGCCACAACAAGAUUUGUUAGGUCACCCCAAAAUAAAAGCUUUCGUUACCCACGGCGGUCUACUCAGCAUGUUUGAAACAGUCUACCAUGGAGUGCCUAUCAUUAGUAUUCCAGUUUUCUGUGAUCACGAUGCCAAUGCAGCGAAAGCCGAAGUAGAUGGUUAUGCAAAGAAACUGGACCUUCACUAUUUAACAUCAGAUAAACUUUACGAAGCUAUUAAGGAUGUUAUUGUUGAACCGAAGUAUAAGAUACAAGUGAAAAAUCGACAAACACUUAUGAGAGAUCAGAAGGAAUCACCCUUAGAAAGAGCCAUUUAUUGGACGGAAUAUGUAUUGAGACACAAAGGGGCAUACCAUUUACAAUCACCGGCUAAAGAUUUAAAUCUCUUCCAGUACUAUAUGCUAGACAUAGCUUUAACGUUCUUGGUUCUCAGUCUAACGACUCUCGCUCUUAUUGUGUAUGCAUUAAGAAUCGGGUUCAUUUGUCUCGGUAAUUACGUACAAAGUAAACGGAUGAACAAGUUGUUUGAUAAGUCGAGCGAUUUGUUGAAGAGAUCGACAAAGCUAAUAGAUGAAGCGUCGUUAUCAAAGAAAAAGUUGUAAAUACCAAAAUUAAUGACAAAUUGAUAGUUACCAUGUGUUACCAUAGAUUUAUAAGCUUAUAAUUAUUGUGAUGACAAAUCCAUAGUGAUAUUAUUAAUGGAUAGUAUCUGUAAGUCUGUAAAUAUUUAAUUUUAGGUUUAAUAAAAUUUUAUUAU